GCGGAAUUGGCCCUUUUCGUCUCCCCGAACCGGUCAUUACCGCACCUCUGCAUAAUAUCACCUCGUUCAUUUGUUGUCUCGAAGGAUAGAUUGCCUCCAACGUCUCAAAUCUCCGCUCUUCCGAGUUAAUUCCCAUCAGCUUAAAGCUGCCAGACGACAAUGCUGUACCGACAAACCGCUGCUCGCUCUGUCCUCAGGGCCAUCUCGAGCUCCAAUUACUCCGUGGCCCGCUCGUCGCUGGUGAACAAUGUGUUCAAGGCUCAGCUGACAUCUUCCGCUCGUUCUCCCGCCCGCCCGAGUGUGUCGUCAAGCCUAGCUCUAGCUACUCGCAAGCCUGUCAGCACUUCUCUCGUCCGCUACGCCUCUACUUCUCCUAACAAGAGCGAUGAGGAUGUUGAUGUCAUGGCUGGUAUCAAGGGUGAUGCUAAAGUUAUCAAGCAGACCUUCAGCCUUGGGGACGUCCCCAAGGAUGCCCUUUACCUCGGCAUCGCUGGUGUCGUCCCAUACCUCGCUACCUCACUAGAGACAGUCUAUCUUGCGUAUGAGAUUAACCACGCCAAUGCCACCGGCGAUGGCCUUAUCUUCUCUGGCCAGAGUGCUGAGCUUGCGCUUCACAUGCUUGAGACCGUCCAAGUUGGAUACGGCGCAGUGAUCCUUUCUUUCCUUGGAGCGGUCCACUGGGGUCUUGAGUGGGCUGGUUACGGUGGUCGCACUGGCUACAGACGCUAUGCCGCUGGUGUCAUUGCCCCCGCCGUUGCCUGGCCUACUCUGCUGCUCCCCAUUGAGCAUGCCCUGAUCACCCAGUUCCUAGCCUUCACUUUCCUCUACUACAACGACGCCAGGGCUUCCGUCAAGGGCCUUGCUCCUCACUGGUACAGCAUGUACCGCUUCGUCCUGACCUUUAUUGUCGGUGCCAGCAUCGUUGCCACCCUCGUUGGCCGUGAGCAGAUCUCUGGUAUCGUCUCCAGUGGCCACAACAUCUCCGAUAAGAUCAACGCCCUUCUCUUCCUCCAGAAGAAGGAGAAGGAGGAGGCCGCUGCUGCCCUCAAGGCUGCCGCCGAGGAGGAGGAGUCUGAGUAAAUGCAUUACCGUAUAUGGUAUAGAAGCGGUUUGUGACGGAUUAAAUUCUCGGUAGAUUGCGGGGGUGUGGCUGUUGAUACCAGCAGCAAUGUGUGACAGUAUAAAGAUGUCUCUAUUUCCUUUUUUUUUGUCAUACUCAAAUUUCUUGUAGAUUACGUGCGGAAUCAACAAUCCAGUUAACCCUGGUGUUUUCUUUUGUCAACUCGUCCGGUAAUUUUAAUUUCAACGGCUUUGGGGUUUGGGAUUUGUAGGGAAAAAAAUGUGGAGGUGAUGGCAAGAUUUAAAGCUAUCUAUGGAUAUAUAUUUGCAUGAAUACUAUUGCCGAGUACCGCGUUAAAC